AUGCCUCCACGACUCAUUCGAUUCUCGUCUCCGUUCCUUCGACAACAACCCGGAUUGUCUAUUCGUGUCACAGUCUCACGAUACAGCACAAGCACUGAUGAUGCUGUGAUUAAGACCCAGCAAAUCCCAGCACCAGGAUCCGGGAGCAUCCGUGUCCUGCUGCUUAACAGACCGCAAGCCAGAAACGCCCUGUCAAGAAAUCUCCUCGAUAGUCUCUCGAAACAUGUCAAAUCGAUAGCGGCAGAGGAAGGUAAUGGUCCAACACGGGCACUGAUCAUUGCCAGUAACGCGGACGCGGCCUUUUGUGCGGGCGCAGACCUCAAGGAGCGGCUUGAUAUGACCAAGGAUGAGACCAACCAAUUCCUUGCUAAGCUCCGGGGCACAUUCCGCGAUAUCUCCGCUCUACAGAUUCCUACAAUUUCCGCGGUCUCGUCGAUGGCUUUGGGAGGCGGUCUGGAGCUCGCCCUGAGCACACAUUUCCGUGUUUUUGGCUCAUCAUGUCUCGUCGCCCUCCCAGAGACUAAACUGGCGAUUAUUCCGGGCGCAGGUGGUACCUAUCGCUUACCCCAGCUGAUUGGGGCGAGUCGGGCCCGGGAUCUCAUGGUGACGGGGCGUCGUGUAUCGGGCGCCGAAUCGUACUUUAUGGGGUUAUGCAACCGGCUGGUCGAGGUGCUUCCGGAGGAGGCGCAGAAGGAGGGCGCGGCCAAGGACAAGGUUCUGCGGGAGAGUAUUCACCUUGCGUUGGAUAUCUGUGAAGGCGGGCCGGUUGCCAUCAAGCAGGUGCUGCGGGCUGUGGAGAACCCAAGUGAGGCGGCAGAGAAUGAGGCCUACGAUGGAGUGGUCAACACGGAAGAUCGGCUUGAGGCUCUCAGGGCGUUUUCUGAAAAGAGGAAGCCUGCUUUCCGGGGACGGUGA